UGGAAUAGUGAUGUCACUUUUGUCAAUAUUUCCUAUCUUUUCGAUCAAAGAAGUAACUGUGAGGACAAAAGUGAUGAAUGUCCAGAAUAUUUCCACAAAGGCAAAACCUUAACGUAUACAUACCGUAAUGACUUGAUUCGAAAUCCAAUUCUACAAAUCAUAGUCUGGCUCGUGGCUGUUAUAUCACUUGGUGGAAACUCCAUAGUUAUCAUUGGGACAUCCAGGGAGUUGUGGCGGGACAGACAGGUUGAGAAACUGGGACGUCUUGCUAAAUGCAACCGGACAUUUGUUCUUAAUUUGGCUGUGGCUGAUUUUAUGAUGGGGUUGUAUCUACUUAUGCUUGGAAUUGCAACAGCGGUUAAGUCAGAUAGAUACUGCAGCAGUGAUAGAACUUGGCGCACCAGCCACUUAUGUUCCAUCAUGGGAAUCAUGGCUCAAUUCUCGUCACAAACGUCUGUUCUUUUACUUGUCCUAAUGACAUCAUACAGGCUGUAUGGGACACUACGUCCUUUUCAAGUAGAAGAAUCAAAGCUUUUGGGUGGAGCAGCAUUUUUAACAGGGUGCUCAUGGAUGUUGUCUUUCAUGUUGUCUUUCCUACCACAGUUUCGUUCCCUAAUGGAUUACUUUAUAUCUGAGUAUUGGCUACCGAUGCCAUUUCUUACUUUUGAUUUUGUCAACAAAACUACGCUAAGGGAAUUGGUUCUUAGAUUGGAUACGAUCAAAAAUGGCGAAAAUUCAACCUUAGAUAAUGAAGACUUACAGUGGCGAUCAAUGAUAUCUUAUGUCAAGAAGUCUAACAUACGAGCAAUACAUCCAGAUUGGAAUAAAACAUACAAUGUUCCUAUUGGUUACUACAACAAAUACCCACUUUGCCAGCCUUUCUUUUACCCCAAUUUGGGUGAAACUGGUUGGGAAUACAUGACGUCCAUUAUCGUGCUUAACUUUGUAGCCUUCGUGUACAUAGCAGUGGCUUACGUUGUGAUAUAUAGAGCAUCUUCCAGACCAAAUGUAAGAAAGAGUGUUAGAAGGAGGUCACGUCAGUGGCGAAGAGAUAACAGGAAAAUGCAAAAGAAAGUAAUGUUGCUUGUGGCAACUGAUAUGGCAUGUUGGCUUCCCAUCUGUAUAAUAUUUCUACUCCGUAUGUCCGGGGUUCAAGUCCAUGAUGUGGUGCAUGGAAUUACAGGUACCGUCUUACUGCCGAUAAACAGUGCUAUGAACCCCAUUAUAUACUCCACUACUGUCAACAAAAUACGGGAUAUUUGCCGCAAAAAGAAGCGUGGUGGAUACUAUGAUACCAGCAGUGAUGCAAGUGAUGCCGCUCGGUAUUCUGUUGACCCAGUAUAUGUUAGACAAAGCACAGUUUCAACUGAGGCAACACUUUCAAUAGGAAAACCAACUAAUGGAAGUUUAGGAAACAUUAAUAAUACUGCGAAGUCCAGCAAACCUGGUGUGCGUUUCAAUUUUGGGGCAGUUAACGGAAGUAAGAAAAAACCUGUUAACUUUCAAGCGUCUGAAGAACCUUCAGAAGCCCCAUGUUCGUUGGCAGAGAGACAAGAAUCGUUAAAUACUGCACUCGUGAACGAGGACACCACAAAUGAUAUUUUACCGAGUUUAAAUAAUAACCAGCAUGAAGACUUUAUGUUAAUUACCAGAGGUAUGAAAGAAAGUGUUCUUUGAAAUCACAUUUAUGUUGUUUUUGUUUUAUAUGCACACUUUACACUAUUACACUGCCUAAAAGAGCA